AUGGCCCAUAGAAGAGUGCCUCUUACGCAACUAGUUGCAGCUGUUGAUAACAAUUUACCAGCAUCAAGCAUCAUAAGAGAUCCCUCAGGCAAUGCAUAUACUUUUUAUAAGUACAAAGGAACCCUAGCAGAAAGGGCUUCAAAUGAAUGGAAUCCUGCAACACUUGCAAGAAAAGCAAAAUAUGCAGUAACCAAAGGAGAUACACUAGCCAUUGUAAUGAAUCCAAAUGACGAUAUAACUGAUAUGAUUCAGCCUAAUAUCAUCCCUGCAAACUUCUUUAAUAGAAAUAGACUGAGAGAUGAAGACCUUGAGCCUUUUAUGGAAGAUCGAAGAGACUAUCUUUUUGUUCAUGAGAAGUUCAGACUUGUUGUUAUAUUAACAGAGGAUGGUGCUCCACAUUGCUUACAAAGGUAAAGUAUUUAGACGCUUUACGCCCUCUAUGGCUGGACUUGGCGUCUCUCCCGCUUUAUAAAUCUACCUAUAAGAGCAUAGAUUUUCAAAUCCUAUUUGAUAAAAAAAAUGUUAACCUCUUUUAUAGGAAGCUAAAAGCAUGCAGACAAUAUAUAUUGACGCAGGAGAUUUUCAAUUUAUUGACAUAGAGUAG